CCGUGUAGAGGUUCAGGAGUUGCAGCGCAGCGUCCUGGAAUCAAGCGGGAUGCCUGUUCCUCCCAUGAGUGGGUCGCAAUCAGCAGUUGAUGACUCUGAGGGCUCAUGGGAAAUGGAUCUGAUGGGUGGAAAGCUGGAGCUUCGUCUACAGGUUCAGAUGGAAGAAGGUCAAAUCGAUCGAAGCUGCGAACGGCAUGGCAAUGUGAACUGGAUGAAACAAAUUCUGGGGUUAUCCUUUAUUAUUGUCACCAUCAAUAUUACGGCAGUGACGACACUUUUUACUGGCUUCCGAGAAUUAAAAGGCCACGUAAAACGGUUGCACCUUGUUAUCUGUGGCAUCCUUACCUUCUCCGAUCUUCUUUGUGGGCUAAGUCUUAUGUUUCUCACCUCCAAUUUGCUAUCUGAUCGGCAUCCCGCUGCCCUUGCUGGCCAGUUUAGCUCUCCAAUUACCCUACUCAUCAUCAUCUCCUGUUCUCUGUUGGUCCUCACAGCUGCUAGUUUCCUAUAUCUCAUACCCAAACUCCUGAACUUUUUGGCUGCUCUAGUUCCACCAUCCUUGAUUAUUGGCUUGAUCUACUGCUGCUCGAUCCAAACAGAAGAUGACCAUGGUGCAACAGGUUACGAAAACUACAAGUCGGAGCUGAAGCAAUUCCAAAGUCUCUCAUCCACUGUCACCUCCCUUGCUUUCAAUGGGCUUGUAGCUACUUUAGUAGGUUACAGUAAGAAAUCUUCAGAACAAGCCCUUAGCCAAAUCAUGGAGGUCAGCAUCCUCCUAAUGUUCUUCGUCGCCAUGAUGGGACUCUUUUUGAUGAUGUGGAACUCCGCGCCACCGAGGAUGUAG